AUGCUAAAUCCGGCUAACGGCGACCCGGUCCACGUCGUUACAAAUUAUGUGGAAGAAUAUUUGGACUUGGUCGAAUCACUACCAUUCGACCUACAGAGGAGCGUGUCUCUUAUGAAGGAAAUUGAUGCAAAAUACCAAGGCAAUUUGUUCACAUUUCAUCCACCGACUAGUUAUCUACAUACCUCUAAUCAUAUAAUGUAGCUAGCUAACGAAACUGUUAGCCCAGCUAGCUGACGUUAGCUACGGUAGUAGUUAGCAAGUACCUGGCUACUGAUGGCAUUCAGGUAUACAAGCUUGUCAGCCUGUGUAUCUGUAAUAUAGUUGAAAUAGUAGAUACCCUUUUAUUUCAAUUUUCACUUAGUUAUAACUGGAUUUGUUCCAAAGUAUGUAAAGGUAUUUAGCUAGCUACAGUAAUAAACGGUUGUUUACCUAAUAAACUAUUGUUUUCCCCUUUACAAAUGGGCCAUGUUUGUUACAUCUCUUGCAUAUUUUGUUUUUCUCAGAUGUCCUACAGGAGCUGGAUGAUGCUUAUGAGCGAUACCGUCGGGAGUCCGACCCUCUCCAGCAGCGCAGAAUGCAGCUGUCCAUCCAGAGAGCUCUCAUCAGCAGCCAGGAGCUAGGAGAUGAGAAGAUACAGAUUGCUGGGCAGAUGGUGCGUAAACAUGGCUGGCUGCCUGUAAACUUUGCUGAAUGACUGUCCAGCUUGAAAAUAACAAUAAUAUAUAGAUGAGGUAGCGGCAAAGCCCACAUUGGUUACUCUCCUUGACCAACCAAUGUCACCCCACUGAUCACAACCCACACAGUAUAUAUAAUAAACCCUGUACUGUCCUACUGUUCCAGGUGGAGUUGGUGGAGAACCGUAGCCGGCAGGUGGACUGGCAUUCUGAGCUCCUCCACGCCUCCCAGGAGAACCCCGAGACCCAUGUACCCACAUCAACUGCUAUGACGACGACUGCAGCUUCCAUUAUGUCAAUGUCGGCAGUGACAACCACACCGGGCAAAGCAGGUCACCACGACAAGAGGCGUGACGAGGCAACGCCAGGCUCAGUCGGUGGAGGGGACAAGUCUGGCGGGAAACGCUCACGGCGGCAGAAGAACGGAGAGAACCGGGAGAGCUAUGGUGGCAUGGAUCAUGGUGACGAGGCGGGCAUGGGGGCGUCCAGGGAGAAGAGGGCCAAAACGUCGUCGUCCAAGAAGAAGAAGAGGUCAAAGGGCAAGUCAGAGAGGGAGGUGUCACCCCCAGACCUGCCCAUCGACCCAGACGAGCCCACCUACUGCCUGUGUGAACAGGUGUCCUACGGCGAGAUGAUUGGCUGUGAUAACGACGAGUGUCCCAUCGAGUGGUUCCACUUCUCCUGUGUGGGGUUGCAUCACAAGCCCAAGGGGAAGUGGUUCUGCCCCAAAUGCAGGGGUGAGAAUGAGAAGACCAUGGACAAGGCCCUGGAGAGGGCGAAGAAGGAGAGGGCCUACAACAGGUAGCUGCUCUACCUGGCCCAGUGGACAUUGUUUGUGGUCAUGUUAGUUUUGUGUUUUUGUUAUUGUAUUUUUCUACUCCCAAUUACUAUCAAUGCUGUUUGAAAAUGAAGAAUUGGGAAGAGGGACUUUGUUAUCAUUUUAGUAAAGGCUGUACUGUAAGAUGGACAUCCUGGUUCAGGACCACUGGUUUAGAGCAGAUAUGUAAUACAGGUUAUUGUGUCAGUCACACCAAGGAUUGUUGACGCUAGCUGUAUCAUGCAUGCAACAAUACUAGCCAUAUUGCUCCUCCAAAUGAACAAAUAAAACAUUUCAACCAAG